CAUAUCAAAGUAUUAUCCACUGGAUGCUACGAUGACCAUUUCAAAUCUUGCAUGAUUGAACCUCUGGCCCUGAAUGGUCGGUAACGCAGGCCAUCAUGCGGCGCUGACUUCAAGUUGCAACACAUUUCUGAAAAAUGAGAUGUAAUAAAUUCUUCAGUUCUCACUUUCUGUGGAAAUAAUUUCAAAAUGAAUAUAAUUUCAAUUCACUUUCUUCCUGGGGAGAAACCCAUAAACGUAAAGUCGUUGGCUGAUGGAAUUUUAACUCUUACAAAUUAUCGGCUCAUAUUUGCAACUGAAAGACCACAAAGUUCGUGGAGUAUACCUACUACUUUAGUAUGGAAAGCUGAAACAUUUGAAAUGAUUCAUAUCAAAAUCAUAACAAAGAUUGGUAUAUCUGUUACCUGGUCGUUUGUCGAUGAAAUUGCUUGUGAUGCUGGAUACACUCAUAUUACGUCAUUAAUAGAUACACCAAAAGAUAUUGACUCCCUGUUUGCUUGUAAAUUCCGUUCGUCUCUGGAAGAGAACAUUCCAAACCAUCCUUUCCUUUUAAGUGCCUGUGAAUUGUUACAAAUUAAUGAUGUAGACAAAGCUUUGGAUACAGCGUUAGUAUGCUUCGAAUUUCGUCGCAUGAAUUUUGACAAAACAUGGAAGAUAACAGAUAUUAACAGUGAAUUCAAGAUUUGCUCCACAUACCCGAGACAUCAUAUUGUACCUCGAUCUAUUACUGAUAAUGAUAUAAUGAAUAUGGCUAAUUUUCGGAGUCACAACCGAUUCUUAACAGUUGUCUGGCGUUCUCAAGUUACCGGAGCCGUGCUACUUCGUUGUGCUCAACCUUGUGUAGGAUUAAUGUGUUCACGAAAUGAGUAUGACGAGAAAUUCCUGCGAACUGUUCUUGCUUGUUGUCCAAAGAAACCUGUUUCAAAUGCUAACAAAGAUACUCAUCGUUUAAUGAUUGUGGAUGCUAGAAGUCGUAGCAGUGCACAAUUCAAUCGGAUACGUGGUGGCGGUUUUGAAUAUCCAGAAUACUAUGAUCAAGCAGAAGUUGUUUUUAUGGAUUUACCCAAUCUACAUACUGUUCGUUCAAAUUUUGAAGCCCUCACUAAUCUAUUCGCUGGUAAAUGUCCGAAUUGGUUUUCUUCAUUGGAAAAAUCAUCAUGGUUAAAUAACAUUAGUCAGCUUUUAAAAAGUGCCACAGAAAUUGCUAUAGCAUUAGAAGAAAACGCUCGUCCGGUUAUGGUUCACUGCACAGAUGGUUGGGAUCGAACACCUCAAAUAAGUUCCUUAGCUCAAUUACUGGCAGAUCCGUUUUAUCGAACAAUUCAGGGUUUCAAUAUUCUUGUUGAACGUGAAUGGCUACAAUUCGGUCAUAAAUUUUCUGAUAGAAGUGGACAUACUUCAUCUUCACUAAACAUGAAUGAACAAAGUCCAAUAUUUUUACAAUGGCUCGAUUGUGUUCAUCAAAUUCGCAAGCAGUUUCCUCAUUGUUUCGAAUUUAACGAAUCAUUUCUGCUAAAACUUGGUCUACAUAUCUGUUCAAACUUAUUUGGCACAUUUCUUUGUAAUUCUGAACAAGAACGUCAAAAAGCUUCAGUCGCCAGUCGGACAUGUUCAUUGUGGGGGUUAUUAUCCCCUAAGUAUAAUUGGACGAUCAUAAAUUACUUUUACGAGCCAGAAGCAGAGCGUCUUCUUCAACCGGAUUGCCAAAUUCGUUCUUUGAGUCUUUGGAGUUCUUUUUAUGGUAUUGCUUUAUCUGCCAGUAAAGUGAAUGUUACUGUAGAAAUUCCUCAGGAUGUAGUUGAAACGACGGCAAAUAAUACUGAUUCAACUAUUUCAUCUACCAAACAUCAAUCUUUUUCGUCCAUUGAUCCAGCAGCUCACAAGACUAAUUCCGCUUCUAAUAUCAAAUACGAACAGUUAUCUCAAUCUACAACUAACCCGCUAAAUAAUGAUUACCCUUCAGAUUCAAUAAAAAUAAUACCAAAUUUAAAACUUGAUGCUUCUGAAGAAGUGAAUUCUAAUGGAGAUUUAUUUGUCAGAGGAGACGCUUCUAGUCGAAACUCACGUCGGCGUUCUCUUGACGAUCUUAGCUAUGUUGUUUCAAAAUCUACUAAAGAACAAUCUAAAGAACUUUCUUUAUUAAAUUGUAUUUCACCUACAGUAAUAAAAUCAUCGAGUCAAUGUUUUUUUGAAACUAAUGUGUGCGAUGGGGGAAAUAAUUCUGGACCAGCAAUACUUCGUCUUUCUUCCCUAUCCGAUGAUACAGGUAUUUGUUCUGGCUUAUCAAAAUCAUACAUGCGAUCUUUAUCAUCGGUUAUUAAUGGUGCUUGUCCUUUUCCUGAACAUUCAGAUAAACGUAUAUCUCCUGAAUCAAAUCCUGCACAGCUAACAAUGAAUUCAUGUACGUAUGUUAAUCAAUUUCAACAACAGGAAUGUGUCCUUUCUCCAGAUGAAAAUAUUGAUGUUUUUGCUUCUGAUGAACAAUUGGAGCAGAAUAAUUUCUCUUUUACUAAUCAUAAUAAUCAUAUCAAUGGCAUGAAUAACCGUAGUAAUAAUCUACAGUCUUCAGGUCGAUUAUACCGUUCACAAUUUAGUCAGCCUGUUCAAAAUUGUCAAUUUUACGGAAAAUUUUCACCACUGUCUAUUUCACCAAGAAACUUUGAGUUCAAUGAUUGUGAUGACAAUAGUCAUAAUGAUGAUGUCAAUGUCGAAUCUCAGAGUAAACUGCCUUUUAAUUUUAAUCUUGAAGGAGUGCAAGGUGAUAACUUUGUUUAUAAUAGUCCACGAUGGUCAGUCACUACACGUGGGAGUAACACAAGCCUUUAUGUAUUAUCCGAUUUGAAACAGUCGUCCGUCGAACUAUUAAAGCCUGUUUUAAUUAAUUCAACACAGCCAGUGGAUAUAAAAAUAUCACACAAACUUGAUAAUCCUAACAGUUUAAUGUCACUUGGAAAUGGUAGUAUAUAUCCUAAUGAAUUUACAGUACAUAGUUUACCGGAAAAUGAUGAAGUGCUUGUCAAUGGAGCAGUAUCACUCACAUCCGAUUCAGAUGAUUCUCCCAAUGAAAGUAAUGACUUAAAUUUCUCAACACCUCUUGGAGAAUCAGUAUCUGGUCCGGUGGUAUCAACGAAUAAAGUUGGAAUCUCUAUUUUUGGUUAUAACAGUUCUGAAAAAUUUCAAGAUAUUACUAUAUCAAGAGUUGAUGAGGCGAAUCUAGAUGAGACAUUUGUAACAAAAUGGUCUGAACUACUGAUUCCUGAAGAUUUGCUUGCAUGGCGAAACAAAUACUUCCGUUCUGAAUAUUUUACAAAUAUCCUUUCUCAGUCGUCGAUUUCUGGUGAUAGCAGAAAUUCAUCUGCCAAGCAAAUGCUUGGUUAUUCUAUCAGUAGUAAUAAAGCCCUGAAGUCAGGUGGGUCAUUUGACUCAAAAAGUCAUUCUGUAACGGUUAAUCCUAAAAUUUCUCUGCCUGAAUUUACUCGUAUUGCAACUAAUGGAGAUGACGUCUGUGAUCGACCGACAUCAGCACCAAUUAGUCCAACUUCAUUUGUAUCAUGUUUUCCUUCCCGUACAUUACAUAAGGAUUCUAAUCCUUUAAAUAAGAUGGUUCAUAAUCUUUCCCUCGGUCAAAAAGUCUCAAAUGAUACGAAUGUUUUAGAAGAAAUGCAGAAAAAACCAUUGUCUUCUACACUAAUGAACACAUUGUCAUGGUUUCCAGAUUGGGAUGGCUUACCUAUGCUAGUGGAUCGGCUAACAAUACAUGCUCACUCACAAUUAUGUCAAGAGCGUUAUAGUCGUAAAACACAAAAGCAGUCUAUGCUUGCAUUAGAGGCCAAAUUAAAAUAUACACAAUUAGAAGUUGAACGGUUGAAUUCAGAGGCGAGAAGAUUGAAACAACUUCUCGAAUUUACUAAAACUCGAACAUGUAAACAAGAGAUAAUAAAUACGCAUGCCUUAUCCGAUGAUCAUUUAUCAUCCGUUUCAUCAUUGUUAUCAUCCUAUGAACAAAAGUGUACACAAGAUAUUCAUACUAAUAAUCAGUGUAAAUCUAAAGAAUCUAGUUUAUUGACUAGUGAACCAUUUGUUUCCAUUUCAAACGAUAAAAAUAUUUCAGAAGAUCACAAUCCAUCUGACGUUAAGUCUUGUCAGUCUGAUAACUGGGAUUCUCCGUUAGGUGAUCCAGUCGAAUCAACAUUUUUCAAUUCAUCAUGUAAGACAACUUCGUUUGAAUUGAUCGAUACUGAAGAUGGUCAGUCUGUUUUACUGCAACCAGAUUGUAUUGCUCACCAUUGUACACUAUGUCGUAUUGAAUUUUCGGCUAUUCAACCUAAACACCAUUGUCGAAAUUGUGGUUAUAUAUUCUGUGCGAAUUGUUCUGAUCGUCGUAUUGUUACAUCAAGUCAACCAAGUGAACCAGUUCGUGUGUGUCGUCAUUGUUACUUUCAACUAUCUCGUCCUACAGUGAAAUUGUCUAAACAAUUGAUUGAAGAAUACACUCCAUAUGUUCCAAGAAACGCAGUAAUGAAAGAAAAUAAUCAUGGUGGUAAACUGGCGAAAAAUUUCACCAAUCCUGAUUUUCUUCAUUUUAUGAAUAAUUCAAUCACACAUUCUGUUGGUUCUGAUAGUGGUUGUAUGCCUGUUUCCUCUUACUCAAGUAAUGGUACAGUACGAAUCGCAUCAGGCGGUGUCUCACAUUAUAUGAAUCGUUCUUUUAACUCAGAAGCCACAGCGAAUAAUGCCACAGCAACAGCAACUGUUAAUCAUCGUCGUUUAGAUUCACUCAUUUCAAACAAUCCUCCUUUGUCCAGAUGUCAUAGUGCUGGUGGUACUAGACCAACUUCAUCCGCUGCAUCUGAUGGAAUUGCUCAAGCUUAAGAAAAAUAAACUAUUCUGUUUUACAAUAUCAGAUAAUAUGUGCUGUGUAGUACACUAUGUAUGCGCACUCUGGCAGUAAAACAAAUACUCAUAUCGACACAUGGCUACUGUCAAUUUAUUCUCCUUCCAAAUUUGUCUUUCAGUUUUGUUUGUGACUAGUCUUUGAUUUGCUUUUUAAAAAAGUACUUUUCUCUAUUUAAUUACUCCCCCCCCCUUACACACAAUUUGUAUAUUUGUGUACGUACAGUUCUUUUUCAUCCUUCCAUUGCUUUGUGUUUAUAGCAUUAAGAGGCAAAAUGGUUUUGAAGAAUUAGAAACAAUUACAAUAUACUAAUUCUAUCGUUCAUGUUUGGAUAUAAAUGUCAGGAGUUGUUAUCACUUGUUUAUUUAUUGAUCAUUACACUUUUUCGUCUCGUUGUGGUUGUUUUAAAAUUUUGCCAGGUUGUAUAACUUGGUCUCUCACUAUUAUAGUUGUUGAUAUUAUGAUUUAUAAGAUUUUUGUGUUCCUAAUUUGUCAAUCUUCAUAAACAGAAGCGUAGAUUUGUCUCUAUGUAGACUAUGUUUGUCUGUUCCAUACAAUUUCGUUGGCUUUCAUUCUAUUUCGUAUCUUUCUUUUGAAUUCCAUCAGUUGCUGUUUAUAUAUUUACUCACAUGAAUAUAAAUAGUUUUACAUAUUUACAUCAUUAUUACUUAACUCAAACGGUUUAUAAAAUCUGACUCAGUUAUUUUCUGUGUGUCUAUUUCAGCCCACUAACUUUGUUCGGCAGACUAUAUUGAUUUAGUGAGCUAAUGUAUCACAAAUUAAAAAUCCCUUUUUAGUGUUCAUCGAUCUUUCUUUUCAGUGUGUGCGUUUUUUUCCUUCCAUUAGAUUACUUAAAUAGCGCUUAUUUUGUGAUAGUCAAGAUUUUAUGUGUUUACUAUUAUGAUUAUUAUGGUUAUUUAAAUCGUUACUAUUAUUAAUGCGAAUACAUACUACAGACAAUUGGAAUGGUGUAAUGUCGUAUAAUCUCUUUAAUCUUUAGUGAGUAAUUUUUGAUGAUCUAUUUUUGGCGCCCGCUUGCUUGUUUAUGUGUGUAUUCAUUUAUCUUUUGUAUUUAUACAUUGUCAAAUCUGUUUCAGUUGUAAAAAAAACAGUUUGAUUUAGUAGUUUGAAUACAUCUGUGCUCUAUUUGAAGCUAUGUAACUGUUUUUCGAUGUGUUUACAUUGGUAGGAUUCUGCUAUCGACACAGUUCAGUUUUAUACAUAGGUUGUUAUUUCUGUAUUGUAGUGACUGGGAGCUGAUCGAUACCACUUGUGUAUCUCUCAUACUUGUGAACCUAAAUACCUAUAUUUUGAAAAUAAAC